AUGCCCACCCUCUUCCCCGAAGUGCCUACCUCCAUCAGAUCCGACCUGAUCACUGAAGUCCCGACCUCUGUCAUCUCCGAGAUGACGAACCCGACAGCUUGGUCAUCAGUCGCGAGUGAGUGGAAAAACGGAAUCGUUCCGUCUUGGUACAGUAGUUUGAAUGGGGAUGUGAAAUCGUAUUUUUCGACGGCUUUUGAAACGGCUUCGCCUUCCACCUCGUCUUCGCAUGGUGGUGCUGGGCCUGGGGCUCCGAAGCCGACGGGUAUGGCGGGGAUUAUGGGUGCUGCGGGAAUUUUGGGGAUGGCGAUUGUUUUGUAUAAGCACGACUUGACACUUCGGUGCCCAAACCAUUGCAUCUGCAUGCUUGGCGAGAUACAGUCAGAUUGGAAAGGUUAUGAGCCCGGCUUCUUGCUGCAAAUCUAG